AUGAGGGAGUCUGCGCCGCUGUUGCACGUGCCGUCCUCGCCGUCUUCGGCCUCGUACGCCAAGCCGCUGGCGCUUGGCCUCGCUGUCGCCUCGCUCGUGUCGGUGCCCCAAAACGCCAACAUCCCCACGCUGUCGCUGAGCUCGUCGAGUAAGGUCGAGUCGUUCAUGGGCGACCUCCGGGACCGCUGCAACGUCUCGUUCUUGGAGCAGACGCUCGACCAUUUUACGGCGUCGCAUGGCACGUACCAGCAGCGCUACUUUGUGUGCGCCGAGCACUGGACGCCGGGCAGCGGUCCCAUCUUCUUCUACACGGGCAACGAAGGCGACGUCGAGAUGUACUUGACGCACACGGGCUUGAUGUGGGAGAAUGCAGCCGACUUUGGCGCGAUGCUCGUCUUUGCCGAGCACCGGUACUUUGGCCAGUCGAUCCCGUUCAACGGCACGUUCUCCAAGGAGAACAUGCGUUUCCUCUCGGUCGAGCAAGCCCUCGGCGACUACGCGGUGCUUGUCGAGCACAUCAAGGAGUCGUACAACGUCUCGCGGGACAGCGCGCUCAUCACGUUUGGCGGCUCGUACGGCGGCAUGCUCGCGGCCUGGUUCCGCCAAAAGUACCCGUACCUCGUCGACGGCGCGAUCGCGGCCUCGGCGCCGCUCCUGGCGUUUGAAGGCGAGUCGCCGCCGAUCGACAACGAAGCGUUCAGCCGCAUCGUGACCUUUGGCGCAACACCCGCGGCCGGCUCGUCGGCCAACUGCGUGCAUAACAUCCGUGAAGCGUCGGCGGCGGUGCGGGCUGCCGCCACGACGCCCGAGGGUCGCCAGAGCCUCAAGAGCGCGCUCCAGCUUUGCUACGCGCCGACGACCGAAGCCGAGGCCACGUCGCUUGUCGACUUGUUUACGGGUGUCUUUGGCGACCUCGCGAUGGGCAACUACCCGUACCCGUCGUCGUACAUUGCCGAGAACCUGCCGGGGUACCCGUACCGUGCGGCGUGCGAGCACUUGGCGCCCGACUUUGCCAACGAUACGAGCCGUCUCCUUACGGGGAUGAAGGACGCGGCCGGCGUCCUCUUCAACUCGACGGGCGCCUUGCGCUGCUACGACUGGAACGCGACGGCGCCGGUCCAGACCGAGAAUUUCUGGUCGUACCUCUGGUGCUCAGAGAUGUACAUGCCGUUUGACCAGAACGGCGUCGAUGAUUUCUUCCCCGUGAGCUUCCACAACGAGACGCGGGACGCGGCGCAGUGCCUCGAGAACUGGGGCGUCGAGCUGCGCCCGCGCUGGGCCAACACGGUUUUUGGCGGCGUCGACGGCCUCAAGUACUCGUCCAACAUUGUGUUUUCGAACGGCAAUUACGAUCCGUGGUCGGGCUACGGCGUCUUGGCGUCGCUGAGCGACUCGCUCAUCGCUGUCGAGAUUGACGGCGGCGCGCACCACCUCGACCUCAUGUUUAGUCAUCCAUUGGACCCGGUCUCGGUCGUCAAGGCGCGCAAGCUCGAGUUGCACCAGAUUCGCCGGUGGAUCCACGAGAAGAAGGCCAACAAGUAA